AUGGAGAGAAUCACACUGACGUCUCUUCUGCUCACAGCCGUGGUCAGUUUGUCUGCAGGCGCUUUGCGUCAGUAUCACUUUGUGAAUGAGGGAAAGAGUUGGACUGAAGCUCAGCAACACUGCAGAGAGAAAUACACAGAUCUGGCCACAAUAACCAACACACAAGAUCAGACCGACGCAGAGCGGGUCAUAAAGAGUGUGGACCCUAAAGCUGUUAAAGUCUGGAUCGGGCUGAGGAGCACAUGGAUAUGGUCUCUGAAUGACCCCACCUUCUACACAGCAAACGAGUCCCAGUACAGGAACUGGGCAUCACAACAACCACAAGGAGAUGGAGACUGUGUUUUUAUGAUGAAAGCUGAUGGACAAUGGCAUGAUGAAAAAUGUAGUCCCAAUAGGCCGUUCAUCUGCUAUAAUGCAGAAGCCACCAGUGAACCAUUCGUCCCUGUGAGUGUGCAAAAGAAUUGGACUGAAGCUCAGAGUUACUGUAGACACAAUUACACAGAUCUGGCCAGUGUGAGGAACCAGACUGAGAAUGAUAAGAUUCAGACAUUCAUACAAAACAACCCAAUUUCACCUGAUAAAGCCUGGAUCGGUCUGAGCAGACUCUGGGUUUGGUCAGAUAAUAACAGCACCUCCACAUUCACACACUGGCACACUGAUGAACCCAACUACCAAUUUGAAGCCAACAGCAACGAGAACAGAGAGCAUGUCUGCACCUCCAUUGAUUUCUGCCACCAAGGACGAUGGGUAGAUGAUAAAUGUACAGGUCCUUAUCCCUUUGUGUGUUAUGACGAUAAACUGGUUCUGAUCAGACAGAAUCAGACGUGGACAGAAGCUCUGAAAUACUGCAGAGAUAAAGACAUGGACCUGGUGUCGGUGGACUCGCUGGAGAUCCAGCUUCGGGUGGAGAACGUGUCCUCGACGGCCUCUACCGCUCACGUGUGGCUGGGUCUCCGUCACUCCUGCGUGCUCGGCCUCUGGUUCUGGGUCAACGGUCAGACCCUGUGCUAUGAUCACUGGGCUCCGGGUCACGGCACCGGGGAGGAGGACUGCACUACGACAGUGAGAUCCGGAGCCAUUCAGACCAGCGACCAGCGCUGGAUCAGCCUUCCUGAAACUGAGAAAAACAACUUCAUCUGCACCAAGUGAGAGAGUGAGAGUCGAGUAACGGUUUAUGAAGAUUCAAUCAAGCCCUUUGCCGUAACAUCAUCUCCAUUUAAAGUCCCCAUGAAAUCAAA